CUUCAAUCAGACAUCACACCUGGGAUGCUCCCUCCAUCGAUCACAUCACUCACUCUUGACAGAUUCAACAGAGUGAUUGAACCAGGUGCGCUUCCACAUAGACUCCUGUCAUUGAACCUAGGUCAUAAGUUUGAUCAACCGUUAUCAAUUGGUGUACUACCAUCAUCAAUCACUGAACUAUAUCAUGGACAAGAUCAGAAGACAUUACUUUCACCUGGGAUCAAGUCUCCUUCUGGGAACCAUGUUCUAUUCAUAAAUGAUACCAUGAUAAGAUUCGAAAAGAACAUGAUCCAACCUUCAAUUCUACCAACAUCAUUGACAUCACUUGCCUUUUUCAAACUUGGUGAAGGUAUUCCAUUUGGAUCGUUUCCAGAUACAAUCAAAUCAUUGAUGUUGUGCUAUAAAUUCAAUGAACCGAUCACACCCGGAACACUUCCUCCAUUGCUGGAAUCGUUGACCUUUGGCGAGAUGUUUGAUCAAAAGAUUGAAUAUGGCACCUUCCCAGGUACAUUGAUCGAACUUCAUUUUGGCCAACAGUUCAAUAGAGACCUACACCCUGGUGGAGUACGCGUACUUCCAAACAAUCUCAGAACAUUGACCUUGGGUGGAGAGUUCAAUCAACAUUUAUAUCCAGAUAUAUUGCCAGACACAUUAACAUCAUUGGAGUGUUAUAUCAAGAAACUCAGUUCAGAUGGUCUACCAAAGAGUAUCACAUGGUUGAAGAUUGGCCAUGGAGGAGGAAUACGCCACAUGUAUCAAGAAUACCUACCCAACCUCAUUCAUCUAUUUAUUCCAAAUUUGGAUCAUUUACACACACUUGGCGACGAUGUCAAUAUUGAUCAUUUAUACAUAUGUCAACGAAGAUGUUUUAGAUCAGUUCUGGAAAUGAGACAAUUUAUAUUCCCAAUACGAUUAAUAUCUGUACAUUUGGUUUUGGAUUACAAGGUGGCCACCAGGCUGGAGAAUACAACGGAAUUAUUUGGUACAUUCCCAAAUGUAUUGGAUAUAUGUAUUUGUCUUUUUAUUGAUCAAGUCGACUAUGUACUUCGCAAAAUUGACAAGACACAUUUUAUCUAUAUGUCCAGGAAUAACUUAAGAAAAUGGACUUUCAAAGUAAUCAAUCUCAAAUCUCUCCCCAUUCACCUAAGUAGC